GGGGAGGAGCCAGAGGGAGGAUAAGAGGGGAGGGGCAGGGAGUGCCCCGCUUCCGCCCUCUCUCGAGUCGAGGUGCCGGCUGCCUUUGCCGGGGGUGCUGAUCAGGAGCAGGAGGCAUCGCUCCACACGCCGAGCAGCAGGGACUUGAAUUCGCACCGCCUUCGUCUCUCGCCUAUCUUUCCCCGCGCGUCUUGCGUCUCUCCUCCUCCUCCCCCCACCCCUUCUGCCUGUCCCCCGGGCCCGCCUUUGUCUCUCUCCCCUUCCCGUUGUCUCUCCGUGCCACCGUUGCGUCACCGAGAGGGAGCUAAUUAAUUGUCUCCGUGCAACAGCUGCGGUGCGUCGCGUGCGUCGUGAACCCGGUGAGCGACCUUCGGACAGAGUGCCAACCUCUCCCUGGAGGUUCUGACGCCCUCUCCGCCACCGACCCCACGUGCCCUCCCUGUGCUCGCCAGAGAACCGACUCGCCGACAACUGCAGGUGCGGCUGAUCCCACCGAGGGAGGCAUCGGUAGAAGAAGCAGCAGCAGCAGCAGGUCAUCUCUCAAGGUUAAAGGGCUGCCUCCCGAGCCAUGUCGGACAGCGACUACGACUUCCUCAUCAAGCUGCUGGCGCUCGGCGACUCGGGCGUGGGCAAGACGAGCCUCCUCUACAACUACACGGACGGCAAGUUCAACAGCAAGUUCGUCACCACCGUGGGCAUCGACUUCCGGGAGAAGCGCGUCGUCUACCGCUCCAAAACGCCGAUGGCAUCACCCGGCCGGGGACAGAGGGUUCACCUGCAGCUGUGGGACACGGCGGGGCAAGAGAGGUUCCGGAGCCUGACGACUGCGUUCUUCCGCGACGCCAUGGGCUUCCUGCUCAUGUUCGACCUGACGAGCGAGCAGAGCUUCCUCAACGUGCGCAACUGGAUGACCCAACUGCAGAUGCACGCGUACUGCGAUAAGCCAGACAUCGUACUGUGCGGCAACAAGUCGGACCUGGAGGAUCGCCGCGUGGUUCCGCACAAGCAGGCGGAGGACUUUGCCCGCACGCACGAAAUGCCGUACUUCGAGACGAGCGCGGCGACGGGCACGAACGUGUCGAAGGCGGUGGGACCUCUGCUCGACCUCAUCAUGAAGCGCAUGGAGCGCUCCGUCGACAAGUCCUGGAUCCCGCCCGGCACCGCCGGCUCGGGCCGCCAACGGCGGGGCCGGCGGCAAGGUCGCGGUGGUCCAAGACGCCGGCAAGAGCAAGUGCGCUGCUGAUGGCGGCGGCCGCCCCCCGCCCCUCCACCACCCCCCACCCUCCCACCCCCCCCCCCCCCACCCCCAUCCGUGCGGUGGCGGCUGGUCGCGGUGGCGGGGGGAGUCGCGGUGAAUCCGCCGCACCGGCACCGCGGGUGUUCACGGAGGAGAGGGGUUUGCCGGGGCGGUGGUUGGUGGCGGCACACUCCGCUCCCUCUCUCCCGCCCGCACCCCCCCCCUCGCCCGUGCCGCCCCUCCGCCACCGCGGUUUGACCGCCGCUCGCCGUCUCUCGAGGGUGAGCUGGCGCCGCGACCGCCGCCAUGGCGGGCGCUGCAGCAGCGGAGCGCGGGGGGGGGGGGGGGUGGGGGUGGGGGUGGGGGGUGUCGGCGUGGUGCCGUCGCCAUCGGCGGUGGCGUCGUUUAAAGGAGACCACUGCUUCGGAAAACGACGCGGCCUCUCAUGUCGUGGGCGCGUGACCCCACCACCCCCCCCCCCCCCCAAUCCGUGCGCGUCCUCCACACCGAGCCGGAAGUUUCGUCAAAAGAGACCAAAGAGACCUCCGAGUGACCGCUCGCGGUGCGACGUCGCCGCCGCGGCGGUGCGACCGCACCGCCGUCUCCCCCCGCGGCCUCGCCGACCUCUGCGGCGUCCGCCGACCUCUGCGGCGUCGCCGACCUCUGCGACCAUCGCGCGCGGGUAGCCGAUGCCGGCUGAAGUUCUCUUUGUCUCGUUAGCGAAGCCUCCGCCGGCGCGACGGGGAGCGCAGAGGAACGCAAAGCGCGAGGUUUGUCGCGUCUCUCCGCAGUCACUCUCUAAAGUAUUACCGUAAUUGACGAAAGGAAAUUGGCGAGGGCACGACGAGGGGCGUGCUCGAGACGCGUUGCCGUUUGACUGUAGGAUUGCUACUUGAGGAGGUGGUGGUGGUGGGGGGAGCGAGUUGCCGUCGGAAUCUGCCAAAAAAGUAAAUUAAUCCACCGAUGUGCCUUCCGCGCGGUGUGGUGUGUGUGGGGGGAGGGGGUGGGGGGCUGGUAGGGUGGGUGGGGGGUGGCAGUGUGUGUGGUCUUAGCUUGGAGAAACUGGUCAGAGGGUAACGGGGGGGGGGGUGUGAGUUUGUGUAAAACACACAGCGAUAAAGGCCUGCAGGUACUCGGCGGAGCUUUUUUUUCCCCCCCCCGAAUGUUCCCGCUGGGUACGAACACGCAACGGUGGGUCCGUUCUGCGGUUUUUUGAGCCGGCGACUCUGGGAUGAAGGCGUGGGGAGAAGCUGCCCGGCGUUGCAGGAGGAGGCUCGGGGACACUCCAACUCCAGAGAAAAAAAAAAGAGAGGGGGGGAAAAAAAGCAUCACACAUCGUCCUGCACGCUCUAAAUAAAUAUUUAUUUACGUGGGUCGCGACCCCACCGAGCCAGGCCACGUUCAUGCAGCCGGGAGGAUUUACAGUUGCUUAUCGGGGCGUCGUUUCUCACUGAAUAUUUUCCCCGUCGCUCGUAGAGGCUGGAGUUAAGAAGGCACGUGACCAAUGGUAGCCACCAUGGCUGCGGCUGACCUGCGGAUAAAAUCAUUGUCCAGGUCGGCGGUGACCUGGACAGAUCCGGCUGAAAAUUGGCCCCGAUUUUAACGCAGCUGGAGUUGGACAAUAUUGGGCCCUGGUUUAGAGCUGCUCCUAUUUGGUGUCCGUUCUCCGAUAUAACCGUUGCAGAAAACAGAACAUUUACGCUGUGGCAGAUCGGAAACCCCCCCUGCCCCUUAACCCUCCCACCCCUCCGUCCCUUCCACGAUUCCAAAAUUCCGCCUCUACCCCGAGGCCUUCUGCUCCCUCCGUGUCGUAGUCACUGGCGAGAGCGCCGCCUUGGCCGGCCGCGAGAGGUGAACUUGGCGGUGUGGAGAAAAAUGCCCAUGGAGUAUCGAUACAGUUUGGAUUCGUAUAUAUCUUGUGUGUGUGUUUGUUUAAACGUGUAAUUUACAGCUGCGUCUCUCCCGACGCCGAGCGUGAGUCGUCCCCAACGCCUCUCGGUGGUGGGUUGAGACAUUACGGCGACGCCGCGAGGAGGUGGAGGCCUUAAUCGGCCGUCGAUCUCCGUGCAGGCCGCCUCUGCCCUUGGUCGGGGAGUGCAUAUUUGUAGAUUUUUCUGUGCGGUGGUAAUAAUAACAAGAGGGGGGCCGCACGAGAUGACUCGUUUCAAGAUGUUGUGUCAGCGCAUGGUUGUUCCCGCGUCACGUGGCAGACUCGGCAGGGGUCGUGCACCUGAUGCGAUGCUGGGCGCCCAAAUAUUUUCCACCGGUCACCAGACAAAACCGGCUGAAAAAUUAAGCCCCCUCCCCCCCCCCCGAUUUUCUCGAUCGUCAAAGCGAGUCCAGGCUUUGAAUUACAACUCCUCGACAACGUCGUAGAAUCAAGACCACACCUUUGUCACAUUUGCUGACGGUUUGCGUAAUUUCUUUCUCCCUUAACGUUUCCGUAUUCGGCUGCUGCCGCUGCCACUGCCGAUGUUGGUGACGCCUUGCGAGAUGCGACUGUCGAUAACGAGAGGUUCCCAACGCAGCCCCCGCCCCGCCAUCAAAAGUGGAGUCGAGGAGGGAUCGACAUCCCGCACGCUCGCGCUCCGCUUGUCGCCGCUUCGCGGCAGCUUCACGGCGAGGACGAAAGGUCGAGCCUUUCUCGGGCGGCACCCCCAGAUUGCAUGCGCACGUACACGUGUUUUAUUACAACGCGGCGCUCGUGUGGUUUUUUUUUAAAUGAACCGGCCUCUAAUUACGGGGGUAGCUGAUUUGUGGCUACGACAAAGUCAACCCACGGUGGCCCCUAGCGGGUUUAAGCGACUUCCCUGUUGACAGCGACGUUUUAGCCCCUAACCCCCCUUCCCUCCCACACAUCUCCAAGCCGUGGCCAAAUAUUUGUACGUGACCAAGAUGUAGUUGCGCCACACCGCGAGUGGCGCAAACGGGCGUCGGGGAAACCCGGCGGCCGUGAGACAUUCCACAGGGAGCGCCCGCAGCCAGAAUUAUUUGUUUACCUUUGUGCGCACACACGCGCGCACACACACGUGGCCCCAGGUAUCCAGACACAGAUCCGCUUUGGCGAGCCCCAGGCAGGUCCGCGCGUUUCCCCCCCCCCUAGCCGAGCCUCGCCGGUUUGGGUGUGAUCGAUCACCCGGGCUUUGAUCCUGCGGGGGUGUGACGUCGCUUGGUGUGGCGGCUGAUGUUUGCUGGUAGAAUAUGGUGGUGGUGGUGUUUGCGGCGUUUGUUGAUUUAGCCGCGUGAAGCGUGCCUGCUCGCGACGCGCACAAGUUCCCAAUGUGUGUGUGCGCGUCCGUGUGCGGACAGACGGACGUUGACGCGCGGGGAGAGAGUGGAGCCGCUCUGGCAAUUCGACUCGAUGUGCUUUGUUGAAAACCUUCGCAGUUUGCCAUACGCCUUGUAAAGUGUUUAAAUACUGGAGUUUGGGCGAUGUGUGUGUGUGUACGUUCAUAUUCAUGUCCGUGCCUGAUUGUUAUUAAAUGCAGAUCUGUGUAAAUUG